AUGGGUGAAGCAGCACAAAUUGGACAGAAAUUUGUUGGAAAACUUACUGAAGCAUCAGUAACAGAACAGCCGUUAUCUCCAGUCGAUAAUUUAAUAAAACAAUCUCUAAAUGAUCCGAUUUCAUUUUUAUCAGAUUUAAUUGCAGACAAAAUUCCAGUAGGAAAUGCAGAAGAAACAAUAAAUAAUUUCACCUUCCAACCCCUUAAAGAAUUAGGACUCUCCAUCUUAGCUAAAAAGAAAGAAAUGCUGGAUCAACCACUUCCAUCAAUAAAUGAAAAUGCAGAAUAUGCUGCCAUAACAACAGCAUUGGGUAAACUUACCACAUCAGUUGUUAAUGAAAAGACCAAAUCAGAAAUUCUUCAAAAAUUAUCCAAUAAGUUGAAUACAAAUCCAGCUCAACCGCUUCCUAUCCAGAUUGCAGCUAUACAAGAAUGUCUCCUCAAAUUAAACGAUACUAUUGCAAAUGGUACUGCAGGAGCUAAUGAUGCUCUCGUUCAUCGUCUCUACAAGAAGACUCAAGAUGCUGUUGCCGAUCUUGACUUCUAUAAUGAGCCAGAAUAUUCUGAUGAAGGUGAUGAUGAUAACAGAGUUCAAGAUGCCGAAAGAACAAUAGAUGCAAUGAGAGAUCUCUUAAUCUCUCAAAACAAAGAGUUGGUUCAAAUCAAGGAAGAUGUUAAAGAGACUCUUGAUGCUAAAAAAGUUCUUACUGAAGCAAUGCAAGAUGGCGAAGAGUUAUUGGUUAAAAAUGGAACAAGAAACAUCGUAAAAGGAAUUGAUGGAUACAUUAAGAAGGAUGGACGCCUUGAAGACAGGUUCCGAAGCUGGUUUUCCGUUUUGGCCUUAAUGAAUACACAAUUAACAACAAAGGCCAACGGAUAUAGCUUACACAUCAAGAUUCUGUAUGUUAUUAUUAUUGUUUUAUCGGUUUUUCUUUUCCUUUCAAGGAAGAAAAAUUAA